AUGGACUUAAAGCUGCUUUUGUGGGAAUCGAAACUCGCAGUGGCCUUGUGUUUGCUCAUUAUGGCACGCUGUGUCGACCGUGUGCUGUAUACACGAAUCACAUAUGACUACACAGAGUUCCUUUGGUACUUUACGAACGUGAUUCUUCCUAUUGCUUUUUUGGUCUCAUCCGCUCCCGUAGUGGCCUACAAGAUUUACUAUACUGAUGAUAUAACGCCCGAUAUGCGUAACUUUCCUCACUACAAAUACGUGCUUAUGGCUCUGUUCGAUACACUUUACAAUCUACUGGGCGCGUUUCCCACGCCUCACAUCGGGGGAAACAUGGCCAAUGUGCUAAAUCAGCUCAAUUUGCCGUUUAAUAUGGUGCUAUCUUACAUAUUUCUACAAACGCGCUUCAAACGCGGCCAUAUCUUGGGCUCAAUUUUGGUCCUAUAUGGUGGUAUGGUCAACAUGAUUCCCGUCUUGACUGGGCAAGACACCGCAAAUGCACCCGAUCCAAGCGCCGGAUGGAUCACGCUGUAUAUUGUGUCUCUAGUACCAGCCGCAGCAUCGAAUGUGUACAAAGAGAUCGGACUUAAGGACGUGGAUCUCGAUAUCUGGUACGCUAAUAUCUGGAUCAGCUUUUAUCAGCUCCUUAUUGGCUUUGCAACGAUCUGGACCGUGAGAAUCAAGGCGUUUAGCGAUCCUCCCGUGCCUUGGACAGACUUCCCAUCGUAUGUUUGGAAGGCUCAUGAGUGUUUCAUUGGAAAUGAAGUUGAACUAAAUGGCAAGGAUCUACCGUGUGACUCGGGGGUCUUCACAGUCUUUCUCAUCUUCAUUGUCUUUAACACCAUUUACAACCAGCUCAUGUUGUACAUCUUCAAAGAAGGCAGCAGUGUGCUCUUUGUCGUGUCGUCAGCCGUGGGCCUUCCACUCACUGAUCUCCUUUACAUGAUUCCAUUACUUACAGGAAAAUAUGCAAGCCAAGCGUUCACUAUCUACGAUGGCUUUGCAUUAUUUGUCCUCGUCAUGGGAUUGCUGGUAUACCAUUCCGAAAAAGAAGAGCGCAAGCGCGGCGCAGAUUCAGUCGAAAAGUCACCCAUGUACGCGUCACCAUCGCUUCAAAAGACGCACCUCAUGCGAAAGCGCCGUGGUAAAGUCGUCUAUCGCCAGAGCCCAAUGAUUCGUCGAACUGGAAGCAAUGGUGAUAUCUCGCAGCGGCUUUUUGCUCGCAAUGCCGUGAAGACCACCUAUGGUUCCAAUGAAAACGGUGGCUUUAAUCCUUAA